AUUUCUAGGUUAUGUUUUAUUGUUGUUAAAUUUUGAAUUUGGUAAAUAGCUGUUUUCAAUAAUUUGCUAACAAAUAUUUCCAAAAAUUAUUUUUAAACAUUUUCUCCUAAAGGAUGUCUGAACACGGAGCCGCCUUACAAACAUUCAACGAACAAUUAGUGAAAUGUCUCGAGGAGCUAAAAUCCAAAAGAAACGACUUGGUGGAAGUGAUACAGCGUGAAGAGGCGGAAAAAAUCGUUUUAGAGAAAAAUAUUCGGGCCCUACAAGACAAACUGGCCCAGUUGAACAAUAGUCUUAGUCAGCACCGUGCUAUGUGCAGCAAUUAUGAUAAAACUAUUGAAGACACCGAGUUAGGGUUUAAAAAGAUUUUGGAAAGCAGUCAAACCCUUCUGCAAGUGGCACAGCACGGAGCAAACACCAUAGGGGCAGAACAUGAACAUUUAAUGCGCUAUUCAGUUAAAAAUCAUAAUUAGUGUCUAUAUAAGUGAUUUUGGGCAUAAUGUGAUAAUAUGUAGGUAUGUUGGUUAAUUUAGUGAAUAGUGUGUUACUUUUUUUACAAGUAGGUCUUAUGGUAUGUUAAACACAACAAAAAUGGUUCAUAAUAUUGUAAUUUUAAGUAGGUAUGUUUGAUGUUGUCAGCAACUUGUGUCGAAAUAAAUUUAUUUUAAUAAAA